GUGGACCGAAUCAAUGAUCGAAUGACGUCAAUAUAACGGAAGGAACUGAGAGACUUGUCAAGUUUUGUUUUUAUGGAGAUAUAUACUUUCGUUAAUAACUGAAGAGUUUGUAAGCAAACACACUAUUGAUAUAAUCAAUUAUGUCUGAAUCGUACGAUUUUCUUUUUAAAUUUCUGGUUAUUGGAAGUGCUGGAACUGGAAAGUCAUGUUUGUUGCAUCAGUUUAUUGAAAAUAAAUUUAAAGCAGAGUCUAACCAUACAAUUGGAGUAGAAUUUGGGUCCAAAGUAGUGAAUGUUGGAGGCCGUUCAGUGAAAUUACAGAUAUGGGAUACAGCAGGGCAGGAAAGAUUUAGAUCUGUAACAAGAAGUUAUUACAGAGGUGCUGCAGGUGCAUUAUUGGUUUAUGACAUUACUAGCCGUGAAACAUAUAAUGCUUUAACAAACUGGUUAACAGAUGCAAGGACUUUGGCAAGUCCAAAUAUAGUCAUUUUAUUGGUUGGAAACAAGAAAGAUUUGGAAGAUGAUAGAGAAGUAACAUUUCUUGAAGCAAGUCGAUUUGCACAAGAAAAUGAAUUAAUGUUUCUAGAAACAAGUGCAUUAACAGGAGAAAAUGUUGAAGAAGCAUUUCUUAAGUGUGCUAAGACCAUUUUAGCUAAGAUUGAAUGUGGUGAAUUAGAUCCUGAAAGAAUUGGAUCUGGAAUCCAAUAUGGUGAUGCAUCCUUGAGGAGGCUUAACAGACAGCAACAGCAACGACGACCAGAAUGUGCCUGUUAAAAAUUUAAGAAAAAUGUCUGCCAGCACAUUAGACAUUUCUUGUGCUUAUCUCCUUUUUAGUCAAUAAAUCUCAUUUUGUGAUUAUUUCUAAUGGAACUAUUCAGUUUUGUCUUUCCUCUGUUUUCCUAAGUGUAAUAUUAUGUUUAAAGAUCAUAAAUUUUGUAAUUGCACAGAAAUAAUUAUUUUUCCAUCAUGAGAAUCUUGAUAAAAGAUAUAUGGACUCUAAAAUACAUCUCAUUUUGAUUUUGCUUAGAAUUUAUUAAAACUGAGUAAUUGAAUGUUCUCUCAAGAUGCUUGAUAUGAGAUCAGCAGUCAAUAGAUUCAUAAA